ACUGAGUGCACAUUUCUUUAUGGAGAUGUUCUCAUGCAUGUGUGAAAAUUUCUUGAAAUUUGUAUUGAUACUGGUUUCUUUGGAAAUUUGACACCUGAUUUGAAUCUGUUGGAAAAUAUAUGUGAGAGAAGGACAUGAGUAAAUUGAUGCUGUGAAAAUAUUUCCACCUGAUGCUCUGUAAUAAGGACAAUACGUGUGUUAAAACUCAUCUGUUUAGCUGUAUGGAAAAGGUAUGUGGAAUGAAACCAGUUUUGAUGUACAGGAAGUACAGGUUCACAUAUAAAUGAAGAAGGUAUAGGUUAUAGGGGAAGUGUGAUGAGAAAUGGACUGUACCAAGACUAGCCAUGGUUUCUGUCCAGUAUUCAAGGAAUUUUGACAAACACAUUUGUUAUUAACAGUACUGUGAUUGAUAAAGGUCAUACACUGUGCAUUUAAGUGGUUCAAUCCUUAGCAGGUUGCGUGUGGAUACAAAGUUCCGAAGCAGAUCUAAAGACGCGAGAUGUAUAUGGACUAAUGUCCGUACUUACCAGGACAGAUAUUUGCGGCAACGAAAAUGGCAUGGAUUCAAGAACAAUAUGCACACUAAAACUACCUCUGGAAAUUAAACAACAUUAAGAAAAACACUAAAUCUGAGUAUACCUUAUUAACGGUCAGAUUUCACAAUACUACAGAGAGGGGGAUAUUUUCGAGAAAAAUGAGCUUCAAGGAAAAUUCUUACGGCGGAACCAAUCCUCUGAAUUCACCUUCAGAGGCAAAAAGGCGGCGUGUCGUGGGGGAUGACGUCUCUGUAACGAGCACACUCAGCAGUCGAGUGAGUAGUCGCUCACACUCCCCUACCUUUUCGGAGACCCUGGAUGACAGUUUCCUGAGCACACCUGGAAACUCUCCAGCUACGACAUUGAAGUUGAAAGAGAAAUUUCGAGUAAAAUAUGGUAGAACAGAACUACUUUCUACCAUUGAGCAAUAUCUUUUGGAUAAAGAUAUUAUUGAAGCUUGCCAGUUCCCAGAUGACACUGAGGAUACAGAUGGCAACAAAAAGGUUUCACUAAUGGAGUUCCGUCAACAGUAUAGAGAGUUGUCCCAGUGGCUGACCAAUGUCCAGAGGGUGGCCCAAAAGUCACUGGGUUCAAAGAUGCUCUCUGAAAAGUAUCUAGCCCAGAGCAACAAUUUAGACCUCCUAAACAAGUCUUUAACCAGGCGCAAAUCUUUCAUGGACUAUGCAAAACAACUCCUUCAUCGUGAGCCAAACCUCCAGCAGGAAAUAGAAGAAAGAGUCAGCUGCCUUAACAAGAUGUGGAGCACUUUGGAACAAGAUGUCAGUGGCAAGGCAAUGUGGCAGAAUGCUGAAACUAUGAUCAGAGAUCUUGAAAUGGAUUUGAAGACUUUGCAGGCCUGGCUUACAGACACAGAUCACAAGAUAUUUUCGAUGACAACCCAGUACCAAAAGUCAGAUGUUGAGUUGAAGAAAUGCCUGGAUGAGCACAAGAUACUGCAGAAGGAUAUCGAGUCCAAGAAUUGUAACAUUAGUGCUGUUCUUCGCUUGAGUGAACUUCUUCACAAUGACCUUCAGGAUUCACUCAAGCAUCAAGUUUACCCUUUGCAGCAGUUGGCACUUAAUCUGCAGCAGAGAUGGCAUGAGAUAUGGCUUUCAUCUGUAGAAGUGCAAUGCAGGCUAGAAAAUGCCCUGAAAGGAGGCAAAAAGAAUGAUUUUUCACCAAAUACCUAUCUAAGUGGCUGGAUACCUUCUCACUUUGCGUCAGAGAAUGACCCAGAAGGGCUGAACCUUGGUUCAGACGACAGUUUCCAGUCUCUUCUGCCACGACAGGCAGACCUGGUAGAAUCUCCACCUUAUGAUUGUUCCCUGUCCAGUGACAACAGUGGAAAGGACAGUGCAGUGGUCAGUGAAGUGGAGAUUAAGAUGUCUUCAGAGUGCAGUGACUCUGACCUAGAGAUGCUAAGGAGGUCGCAUCAAAAGUCAGAGACUAGAGACAUCGGAUACAGCAGUGGAGCUUCAGUAUCUCCUUUUGCAGUUGGUCAGACCAGCACAGAAUCAGACUGCGAUGAUAUCAAAAGACUCAUUGAUAAUGUGGAGAAUCUAGUGGGCGAGAAACAGAAAUCUCCACCAAGGCAGAGGAAAUCUGAGAGCCCAAAGAAAAAGAAGGGCCCGAUCAGUUCCUGUGAUGCCAGCAGUGAGGAUAGUGAUGCCUCGCUUGAGGAAUUCUCAACAGCCUCUGAUGAUGCAGAAGGGCUUUAUGAUAGUGUUUUGGGAGGGUUAGAGUACAAUUCUGAUGCUUCUCUUUCCAAUAAUCUCCCAAAAUUAUAUAACACUGCCAAACUUCGGCAGAAUGGAAAGAAAAAGAAGGAUCGACCAUGGAGUGCGAUCCAGAUCAAAGAGUCUGAUGAUGACUCUGUGACCUUUUCAAGGUCUGAUACAGCAAUGGAACAGCUCAGGGAUGCUUUGGACACCCCCACAGGGAAGAGUGAGAUAGGGAGAAGUACCCUGCCACGAGCUGGAGCCAAGAGAAAGCUGUAUGAAGCUGAUGCUGCUUACACUUCAGAGCCUGGAAGCUCAGGAUCUGAAGAUUAUGCGACUGCCCACAGUGAAUUUGUUAUGUCAGAAGAUGAAGAAAACAUAGCAAGCACAGCCUCAUUCUCUGAACCCACCUGGGAUAAUUACCACCAGGUGUACACAUCGUUAGGAGAAGAAGAAGAGGAGCCAGCGACAUGGAGAAACCUGGAGGAAGACUUUGAGUUUGAUGAGGAAAUUCCUCAAUACUCUGCCAUGUUGUCUGCUGCCUCUGAAAAGAGGAAGACACCUAGACCCAAAUUGGUCAGUCAGGGCAGUCGACCAGGGUAUGAUAGUGAUUCAGAUUUGGAGGACCUGAAUUGUUUCCUAGAGGACUCCAUUAGUCAACUGAAGAUUGCAGAUCAUUAUCUGAAAAAGAAAACCAAGGACUUCAUGGGAACAGGAGUGGAGAUUAACACAAAUAAAUAUAAUGAAAUCAUUGCCACUUGUCAGACCAAUGUUGCCUGUCUGCAGAAUGUACUACAGCAUCUCAAUGAUGAAUUCACUGAGGAAGAAAUAGACAAUAUGAAAGACAUUCUAGUGCAGUGGGAAAAGCUUCAUGCUUUUGCCAAAGAGAGACAACUGGAGUCCACUGAGUUAUUGGCAAUGAACAGGUGUCUGGAGGAAGUGAUGGCUGAACUGUCCAGCUGUGAUGAAGGGAACAAGAAGUUCAGCAACCUUAGGGAUGUAGAGCAUUGCCUGAUCAGCACAAAAACCAAACUGGAAGGCCUACCCUGUAUAGAAAACAAGAUGGCAACACUGCAGAAGAUGUGCAGUGGGUUGCAGUUAGACCAUCCCGCUAUCAAUUUACUGUCCUUAACUCAACAGGUUAGCCGAGCCAGCAGUCACCUCACCAGAACCAGGGACAUCCUGACAAAGCAAUUGUCUGAGUUGGAAACUGCAUACCAGAUUUGGAGUAAAUACAGUGAGGAGAGAAAUGCUCUCGAGGAGCUCCUGUCAUCAGAGUUUGAUAUAGACCUCAUGAUGGCAAAUAUGCAAAGGGAGGAUCCCACACAGUACCUUCAUUCUGUGAAUGAGAAUCUUCAGAAAUACGAGGAAAAGUGUUGCCACCUGCAGACAAUGCGAGGAUGUUUAAUGCAGUUUGCAGAUGAGCAGACUAAAGUGGAUAUAACCAAUGAGACAGCAGAUAUCCAGGAUCGAAUGCUUGAGGCCCAGAGACAAUACAGGACCUUGUUGUGGUCCAUUAACCAGGGAUCAAUAGCUACACCAGAAAUGAUGAAAAAACAGCAAAGUGACCUUGCAUCAAAUUCAGCAGCAGCGGGUCAGACUACAACACCGUCCAGGUCAUGGUACCGCUCAGGAUAUGUUAAGGCAGCAGGAGCAAUUGUCAUGUUUGGUAUUGCCUAUUUUGUGGACCCUGAUGCUAUCAAACACUUAGGUGAUCUCACAAUUACACUUGCACCAGAACUUAGAUAUGUCAAUGGCCCACCACCUAUGUAAAGUUUUGUAAUUAAAUAGGGAUAUUUUUUAUGUACAUGUAUAUUUUGAUGAUUUUAUAUAUUUUAAAAAAUUGAUUUAAAAAAAGAUUUAAAAACUCUAGAGAAAAAUUUUGUAAAUAUCUUAAAACCUCAUUUGUAAAAAUUUCAAUAUUUUAAUCUAAAAAAUAGAAAAGUAUGAAUAUAUAUAAUCAAGUAUUUUAGUAUUUGUAGACUAAUCAGAAUUGGAUGUAAAUAGCACUAGGGUACUUAAACUUAAAUACUUAGAAAUGGAAGCCACAGAAUGGGCAUUAAUAUCUGAUAAUAUUGACAAAAACCGAUCAAAUAUGGUUCCUUUGAUUGAAUGAAUUUGAAAUGAAUUUUAGCAUUAUUUAGACUCUGGUAAUGCAGGUGAUUCCAAAUUGAUAUUUCACAAUCAGUUUUCACACUGGCAGCUAUUUAUUCACAGUGCCUCAGAAGGAGGGGCUGAUGUGCACUUACAUUGUCUCAUUUGGUUGUAGUUGUCUCUAUUACAAUUGUACAUAGCUUAUUUUUCUUGUUCAUUAGCAUAGUCAUUUUUUAUGGCAAGUCAUAGCAAUAUAGCUUUUGACAUCAGAAAUUACUGCAACCCUGAUUUGGAGAGCUGCAAGUAAACUGUUGUGACAAGUCUUGUGGUAAUUAAGGUACUUAGAAGAAAUUGCAUUGUGUUUGCAUUCUAAGGCAUAAAAACUUAACAAGUCAGAUAUGGAUGUAUGAAAAUGAUUCAAGUGGAUUAUUUCCACAAAGAAUGAGCCCACUGUGUGCUGUCCUCAGACCAGAGGUACGUUAAGAACAGGAAUAUGUAAAUGUAUGUGCAAAUGUGGGAUGUUUUUUGUAGUACAUGUAUCUGAUUUUUAACCAUUUGCUAUACCUUUAUAAAUGGUACAAAGGAAAUGAGUUAGUAUCAGGGUACCAGCUACUGAGGAUACUCGUGGUCCAUUAGGGGGACCAGUCAAUAAGAUUAUAAAUUUACCAUCAAGUAAGAAAUAUAAUGGUGUACUAGUAGAGAAAGUAAUCAAAGAAGUCUCUUGAGUUUAAAUCAAGAGUAAGUAAAAGUUCUACCUAAGAUCUUAUGAAGCAAAAUUAAAAUGAAAUUAGUACAUAAGAAUGAUAGAUUUUCAGAAGAGACAUUAAAGUGUAAUGUAUUAAAGUGACAAAGGAUUGUUCAUGCAGAAUGAACAUUUUCAGGAAGGUUGGUCUUGACCCCGUUGAAUGUUUUCACCCAAGGAUGAGUGCGAAGGAGGGGUUAACUGUAAAUAGUUUUACACAGACAUAUCUCGGUGCAAGUGUAAUUGUUUCAGAUUGAUUAGUUCAUAGUGUGUCCUAAUUGGUGCUCAAUUAUUGCUUCUUUAAGAACCAAUUUCUUUGAAUUCUCUCAGCUAUUUCAAUCUGAGGCAGUUACCACUGGUUAAUUUAUAUUUAUGCAUAUUUAUAUCAUAUAAUCCAGUGAAAUGGAACAUGUACAUGUAUGUAUUUCAGAUGUGUCGUAUCUUUUGGACUGUCUUUCUCAUCCACAACAGUGUUGUGAAAUUUUUAGAUUUUUUGUUUGUUGAUUCUUACAUGGUUUUGUUUUGAUUUCAAGAUGUGCAAUUUUAUUUAUUUGUUUAAAUUCCCUUUUAGGGUUGAUUUUGUUAGACUGCUUGUUAAAAGUUAUUUUGAAAUUUUCCUUGUACACAAUGAGAUUAUAUUAUUUUGAUUUAUCCCUUCCAUUACAAAUUUGAAAAUUAAUUAAGCAUGGGGGAAAGAGGGAAAAGGAAUACAGAAAGUUCAUAUACAUUAAAUAUAUCUUUGCUAUUCAUAGAAUACCUGCCAAAAGUGCCAUCCGCUGUCUUAAUUACUUAGACCCAGUUGCACAAAAGUUAAUCAAAUCUAACUGAUAGUUAACUUGCCUUGAAUUGCAUGAACUGGAAGUUAAUUCUCAUUUAACUUAACUACCUUAUGCAAAUGGUCCUGGACGAAGAUUUCUGGUGUUUUAUGUUUGUCUUAGUCUUGAAAAAGUGCUAUACGUGUACAUGCAUUAUCUUGGAUUUUUUUUCCUAAUGGACAAUUUUUAUUAAUUUGGUGAAGUAUUUAUACCAGUUUCUUUAAUGCUCACUUUCAAUUUUAAAUAUUUACUUAAUCAAAUUGUAAUUUUUGGUAAAAUUUUACAAAGCAUGGAUGUCUUGCCUUUUAUUACUUAUUGUGCAUUUGCUUUUACAAUAUUUCAAAGUUAAUUCAUCAAUAUACCUCAGUCAUUAUAAAAUGACACUCUGAUAAUGUGUUCCCCGUGUUAGACCAAAGUCUAAUGUUUUGAAACUGAAAAAUAUUUUGAUAGUCUACAAUCAUGUAGACUGCAUACACCCAGGGUUUAAAUCAACAUUGCCACUUGUCGGAGCAUUAAAGCUACUUUUGUACAUAAUGUGUAGUCGUCACAUCACAUAAUUAACAUCCAAUGUAUUUUAAAUUCAUAUAGUGUAUUUCAAGAUCAGUAUAACAGCUUUAAAUCUAAUGAAAACAUUUGCUUCAUGGAAUGCAUUUAGUUUUACAUCGUGUGUUUUGUUUGUUUUCAUUUUCAGUUAAAUUUGAGUGGAAAUUAUAUAUACAAAAUUGAAAUAUUUGAUAGAAAAAAAUAUGAAAAUGAGAAAAAUAUUUUUGAAGUAAAAAUACGGUUGUGGCAUUUCUUACAAUAUUACUUGGAUGGAAAUAAAUGAUUAUAAACCCA